GUGGCUGUUGUGGGUCGGACCAGAAGACCUAUGUCGUGGGUGGAUGGGCUUGGGCAUGGUGGUUCCUUUCAGACGCACAAACGGGAUUCAUGCAGAACAUGGGUGUGCGAUCAAAUAAAAAUACAUCUAUACUCCAUAUCUCAUCUACACUGAUAUGCGUUUAUUGGAAACCGUCAUCUGGAAUGUUGUGCCACUAUGUCUGAGUGUUAUGAGAUGAGUGGUCUGAGAGCUUGAGCAUCACAGAGGGGUGGACCAGAUUAAAAACUCCUAGACACGUCGGCCACCACCCGUAAAAUUUUGUAGUAAUAAGAAAAUCAGAGAAACCGCAAAACACCGCAUCCUCCCUCCUUAAGACUCUCUCGUAAUGGAAACAGUAAACGGAGCAGCUUUACCUCUGACUGUUACAAAGCGCUGACACUGGAGACUCCUUCCAAAAAUGCUAAAUAAACCUCUCCUUACAGAAAGCCUCACCAUCUUUGUUAAAUAAAAUCUGUUUUCUGUUAGACUUGGAUUACAGUACGUAGAGAGUCUGCCAUACAAAUCCAUACUUACACUUGAGAUUAUGACUUUACAACCCAAGUGUGAAAGUGUGGAGACGGCAGAAGGCGUGGCCAUUACAGUCACCGGAGUGGCUCAGGUGAAGGUUAUGAUUGACCGCGACUUGCUGGCUAUUGCUUGUGAGCAGUUUUUGGGGAAGUCCGUUAUGGAAAUCAAGGCUGUGGUCUUGCAAACACUGGAAGGGCAUUUACGCUCAAUAUUAGGCACUUUAACAGUUGAACAAAUCUACCAGGACAGGGACAAAUUUGCCCAGCUGGUGCGUGAGGUUGCAGCACCUGAUGUGGGCCGAAUGGGCAUCGAGAUCCUGAGCUUUACCAUCAAAGACGUUUACGAUAAGCUGGACUACCUGAGCUCGCUGGGGAAGACGCAGACGGCUGCCGUGCAGAGGGACGCCCGCAUCGGUGUAGCUGAAGCAGAAAGAGACGCCGGAAUUAGAGAAGCCGAGUGCAAGAGAGAAAUGAUGGACGUGAAGUUCUUAGCCGACACCAAAAUGGCCGACUCCAAGAGGGAGCUGGAGCUGCAAAAAGCGGCAUUUAACCAGGAAGUGAACACCAAGAAAGCAGAGUCUCAGCUGGCGUACGAGCUCCAGGCAGCCAAGGAGGAGCAGAAGAUCCGUCUGGAGGAGAUCGAGAUUGAGGUGGUGCAGCGGAAGAAGCAGAUUACCAUCGAGGAGAAAGAGAUCGACAGGACAGAGAAGGAGCUGAUCGCUACAGUCAAACGUCCAGCCGAGGCUGAGGCCUUCAAGAUGCAGCAGCUGGCUGAGGGCCAGAAGAUUAAGAAGGUGUUGCUCGCAAGUGCAGAGGCGGAGAAGAUCCGGAAGAUCGGCGAGGCGGAGGCCAAAUCUAUCGAGGCGGUUGGCAAAGCCGAGGCAGAGAAAAUGAGACUGAAGGCAGAAGCCUACCAGCAGUAUGGAGACGCAGCCCAGACCGCCCUGGUCUUAGAGGCACUGCCGAAGAUUGCUGGCAAAGUGGCUGCACCUCUGGCCAAAACCAGUGAGAUCGUGAUUCUAAGCGGAGAAGGCAACAAAGUGACGGGGGAAGUGAGUCGGCUAUUGGCUGAGCUGCCUGUGACCGUGAAUGCUCUUACAGGAGUGGAUCUGUCCAAGAUCCCUCUGCUGCAGAAGAUGACCAGCGCUCAAGCCUGAGAUGUGAUCGAGUUCUAUCCCUCUUCCUCCCAAUAUGAUUUAUGCACUCACUAUGAAUGCCUUCGGAACACUCAAAAGUCAAAACCGCGAAGUCCAGAAAUGUUUUUCGAUACCUCUGGUGCCUUAAUGUUUUAUAGGACCAGAAUAUUUGCAUGUACUGCUGCUCCUCAUUUCCUGUUCAUGUUUAUAUGUUGUUAUUUAUUCGUGACUGAUCGGGGUACAUAUUGAAAGAUCCUGACAUGCAGAAUUUUUCAUCGUAGCGUUGUAUUUUACACGCAUGUGAACCUGUUUCAUCGGUUAUUUAUUUUUGUUGUAUUUUUAUGAUGCUUUUAGCUGCCUGCGAUGCAGCUGCUCAUGUUACCGAGCUUGCAGUUAUUCAGGAAAUGCUGAAAUUGCCACUUGCAUUCAAGUCUACACAGUACUAUUUUAAGGCAGCGAAUUCUCUGGUCUUGUACUCUUAAAUGCAAUCAACCAAGUGCUACUUCUUUAUACUUCUCGUUCAGCCUAUAUCGUUAGCUGGAUGAUUUAUCUAGAUACGAACUCACGAGUCUAGUCUCUUUCGCUAACGUUUAAAGCGGUUUCGACCGACUCUGCGUUUUUAUUAGCGAGCGAGUGAAUGACAUUGUAGGGAUUAAUGUAUUCUCAUAAUGCAUUUUGGAAAACACCGCCACUGUUAUGAGGUUAUUUUUCCGCUUUAGAAGGCGAAUGGCCAGGGGGUACGAUGUGUUACAGAUUGGGAGGUUUUCUCUAUUGUGAGAUGCAAUUAUGGGAUGUCAAAGGAUCGCAGAGUCUAAUGUCGGUGAUCUGAUUCUAGUUACAGGAAGUCCCAGGAUGACCAUCUGUCAAUCUGCUGAAUAAGUGAGCAAUCAGAAGUUGCCAGUAUGACACUAUUUACAUUACACAUAGCAAAUUGUUUUAAUCCAAAAUACAUUCCAAAUACACCGCUUGAGCAGUGGAGGGUUAAGGACCUUGCUGCUAUUUGAACUGACAACCUUCCCUGUUACAACUGCAGAACCUUACAUGCAGAACUGCCGCUAUAGAUAUAUUUUUAUUUAUUCAUUUUUGUUAUACACUAACACCAUGUGUCACAUCAUACUGUGUGUGUCUUCAUAAAAGUUUCUACACGAUAUAUGUGGUCUGUCACUGUGAAAUGUAUGUCUUUUCUUCUUCUUUCUGAGUUUGUCGAUGGAUAUUAUGCUACACUCAGUUGUGCUGUGAAAGGAAGUAACGGUUAUAUCCUUGUUGUUUUAUUUUUCUUAUAAACUAAUGUUGAUUACAGACAAUGAAGCCAAGACAUCAGUUAUUUGUUCUUAGAGGAGUCAUUUUGGUGAGACCGAAAACCAAUCACACACACACACAUAGUGAACAAUAGUGGCAAACAUUCACUUUGCUUUUUUGACAGAACAUUUGCUUAAAAAAAAAGUCAGCAUUUAAGCCUGCUCUUCAAUUAAAGUGGAGAUUUUCUACAACCAGGCUCCAUCCAUUUUCACGACUGAUUUGAGUUAAUACUGCGUUUAUAUCGAGCUUUGGUCUCCACACAGUCAGGACUGUUAAAGCCAUAGCAUGAUGGAUCCAUACGUCAUUUGUAUGGCGUUUUCCUCUGAAACGUAUUGUUAUGCUUUUGAAAUUAUGAAGUUUCUUCAAAGCUAAAACUCCACUGUCAAAAUGUGUUUUUUUUAUUUAUUUAUUUAUUUUUUUUUGUGUCGUAUAUCAGACCUUAUCCUAAAAUGUACCAACAUUUUUACUGACGUUUAACUGUUGCAUGGUUCUUUUGCAUGUGUGUUCAAAUAAAAAUAAGUGUUAAGUG